GCGAGGGAACCGGAGGGCAGGAAAGCACCGUUUGCGGUGCGGCGCAUGCGCGCAAAGCAAGAACAAAACGCUCCAUGAGCGUUCGCGGCGCGUCUCGACAGCGGAACGUGCGGCCGGAACUCCCCUCUGCGACACAACGCGGGGAACUUUCCUCACAUCCCGUCCGUAGUGGGCGGGGCUACACUUCUCGCCGGCCUUAGAAACCAGAUCCGCGCCAACGGAAGACAUGACGCAGUCCGUGGUGGUUCAGGGUGAGCGCGCGCGUGCUCUCUCCCGCCCCCUUCUCCCUCCCCCCUCUCUGGCCCCUUUUCACACCACUCUGCUCUGUUCGGCAGCUUGACAUCAGUUUGCUUUUUCACCUCACAGUGGGUCAGUGUGGCAACCAGAUAGGAUGCCGUUUCUGGGAUCUGGCACUGCGGGAACACGCCGCCGUCAACAAGGUAACCGCCUGACGACUGGGAGGAGAAUUAAAACGCCAGUCAGCUCGCGCAUGCUCAGUAAAAUGGAAACGGUCCGGAACGUUUUACGCGCAUGCCUGCUUGACUGCUCCCUCUGAGGGAGCCGCUGAAAGGUGUGUCCGUUAAACCGCCGUGCUUUGGGAUUUGUGGGCGUGGCCCUGGCGCGUGCGCUGGCGCGAUUUUUAACGCACUCAGCUAAUACUUGUCCCUGAGCUCCGCAGUGGACGAGUUAAAAUGGCUGCUUGUUUAAAAGAGCAAAUCCUAUUCUUACUCAAGUCAUUUUUAGAAAUAGCUGCCGUUUCCUUUGUUCUGGCAUUCCCGUGUCUUCGUUCGCCUGCUCUAGGCGAGGGACUAAAUAUACCCGGUGGCCAGGGAAUGCUGUUGGGGGAAACGUGGGAAGAUUAAUGGGCAUUGGAAGGACGAAGGGAAUGGCUGGAAUGUGGAACACAAGAUCUCCACACACGAGCACCAUUCUUUUAACGCUUGUGUUGCCAAAGUAGCACCAUUAAUAUAGAUCAGGGAUGUGCACAAGAGAACCUCAAGGUUUGCAGAAGGACAGAAAACACUUUAUUAAAAAGCUGAAGGGAACAACAACAAAAGGCCCAGUGAGGACUUUUGUGGAGGACUUAGUGGAAUGCAGUAUCCUGGAAGAACGGAUGGCUAACUAAUCGGAACAUUAAAUAAGGAGCCAGCAAUAGGUCCAGGAAAAUCAAUAGGGGCAUGUUCUCCCCUCUCUCCAAGAACUGAUCAUCCCAUCAGGAUGACCAAGGCAAUUUCCAUUACGAAACUGGGCCUGAAACCCGAUUGAAAUGGACCCCACUAGCCAACUCUUUGUUGGCUGUUAUUGGCUAAGAAGAGCAGGCGUGAUCAUUCAAAUGGGUCACCUGGGUCACCAGACUACUGAUGAAAAAGCUGUCCUUUUUUUGCAGAGGAGAAGAGUCUAGGAUGAGUUGAUCCCAGCCACUUGCUCUGUUUGACCAGUGGCCCACCUUAUCCAGAGUCCUGUUUUCACAGGGGCCAACCAGAUGCCUGAGGGGUUGCCAGGGCAGGCUGGACAACCUCACUCCAAAUUUUACUAAUAAAUACUGAGAGCCUUUAAGUCCAGAUGUGCAUUAAAGCAUGAAUUCAUCCUGAAGAAAAUCCAAAAUUAUUGCUUUACUGUGAUGUUCUCUCUAUAUAGAGUCAUACUCUUAAACUAUAGAUAUGAAAUAAUUUGUGGAUUCCAUGUUUUUGAGCUCUACUUGCACUUUAGUGGCAUACAUGAGGCUUUAUGUUAGGAGCAUGUAUAAUCUCAGAAGAGUUAAAUAGUUUUAAGAAUGCAUACUUUAAGUUUUAGCACAAGUGUCACACUUUAAGUUUUACUUACUGAAUGAUUCUUUUUUAGAAAGGAAUUUACGAUGAAGCAUUAAGCAGUUUCUUUAGAAAUGUGAAUACCAGGUAAGUUUUCUUUUUAUGAACAAUCUUAAAUUACUAAAGAUGCCCUUAAAAUAAAUAACAACACAAUAUUUGGGAUCCAUAGAGAAAUGUUGCUUCAUCAUACCUUGCACUACUGCAGGCAAGUUAAUUAGCAUCUUGUGCUGCGUCACAAAAAUAAAAUUGCAGGGAUCCAGCAUUUACUUUGUGGAUUUCUUGUUCAGUUUAUGCCCCACUUAUUAUUUUUAUUUCUCUCCUUCCCGUUGGGUUUUGUAGAUACCGUGGGUAUCAGUGGGUAGGUUCUUGUGUCCAGUCAUGUCAGCAUACAUUACAAUCAGUUACUUGUGUCUGACCUGUACUGAAUGGGAUUUGGUGCUUGGUAUUCAUUGUUUUGGAGUAAUUCACAUUUUGCAGUAUCAACUUGCCUCAAUAAGAUUGUGGUCAGUGUUGUCCUCGCAUCCUGAGCCCUUCAGUCUCCAGUUUGAGUUACUAAUGUUGUGCCCUUUAAUACCAUUGCUUGUCGUGUUUCACUAUAGGAAAAGUGCUUUAUACUUAACCUGAAUCUGGUUUUUGCCUUCAUGAAACUGUUAACCCCUAGAUUUUUGCAGUUUGCUCUAACCAAGAUAUAAAAUAUAUAACUGCUUACAAUUGGUAGGCGUGCCAGGUUUUCUUUAAUAGUUCUCCUUUGUCUACACAACUGCAGAAAUUAAGCAGGUGAUGUUUUUUCCAUCCCUAGGCUAGGAAAAGCCUAAUUGACUUCUGCAUGGCAGGCUUCCAUAAAAUGAGCAAGAGCAGUGAAAUUCAUAAAGUGUACAGUCUUUAUAUUAGUUCUUGUUAUUCUGCUUUUCAAUUUAAUUUAAUUUCAGUGAAAGGGGAAAAUUGUAAUACUCUGAUAGCUUAGGUGUAGUCCUCUUCCAUUAUUUUUAUUAAUUUUGCUUCUGUUUUUUCUAGGACAGAUGAUGAUAGCGCUGACUGCAGAGGAAAAAUCUAUUCCUUAAAAGCACGCGUAAGGGGGAAACAUCUUUGAUUCUGUCAAUUCUUAUACUUUGUAUGCCUCUGAAAUAUCUGAAAUUUUAGGUUUCAUUAUAUCUAUAUGUAUGUGCACUUGGGUAUAUGUUUUGCUAUUUGUUUGAAAACAAAUCCUAUAGUUCAAUUGUAAACGGUAAACUAAAGAUAAUGGCUUCCAGAAACGUAUAUUUUAACAAACGAGAAACCAAGUAAAAGAAACAAAUUUCAAGCACAAGGAAUAUAUAUAUGAAGCCGCUGGGAGAGAUCAUCAGGGGGUUUGGACUGGGUGUCCAUCAAUAUGCAGAUGAUACCCAGCUCUACCUCUCUUUCAAAUCAGAACCAGUGAAGGCGGUGAAGGUCCUGUGUGAGUGCCUGGAGGCGGUUGGAGGAUGGAUGGCGGCUAAUGGAUUGAAGUUGAAUCCUGACAAGACAGAAGUACUGUUUUUGGGGGACGGGGCGGGCUGGUGUGGAGGACUCCCUGGUCCUGAAUAGGGUAACUGUGCCCCUGAAGGACCAGGUGCGCAGCCUGGGAGUCAUUUUGGACUCACAGCUGUCCAUGAAGGCGCAGGUCAAUUCUGUAUCCAGGGCAGCUGUCUACCAACUCCACCUGGUACGCAGGCUGAGACCCUACCUGCCCCCGGACUGUCUCACCAGGGUGGUGCAUGCUCUGGUUAUCUCCCGCUAGGACUACUGCAAUGCACUCUACGUGGGGCUACCUUUGAAGGUGACUUGGAAACUACAACUAAUCCAGAAUGCGGCAGCUAGACUGGUGACUGGGGGCGGCCGCCGAGACCACAUAACACCGGUCUUGAAAGACCUACAUUGGCUCCCAGUACGUUUCUGAGCACAAUUCAAAGUGCUGGUGUUGACCUUUAAAGCCCUAAACGGCCUCGGCCCAGUAUACCUGAAGGAGCGUCUCCACCUCCAUCGUUCUGCCUGGACGCUGAGGUCCAGCGCUGAGGGCCUUCUGGCGGUUCCCUCAUUGCGAGACGCAAAGCUACAGGGAACCAGGCAGAGGGCCUUCUCGGUAGUGGCGCCCGCCCUGUGGAACGCCCUCCCAUCAGAUGUCAAAGCGAUAAAUAACUACCUGACAUUCAGAAGACAUCUUAAGGCAGCCCUGUUCAGGGAAGUUUUUAAUGUGUGAUAUUUUAGUGUAUUUUUGGUUUCUAUGGAAGCCGCCCAGAGGGGCUGGGGAAGCCCAGCCAGAUGGGCGGGGUACAAAUAAUAAAUUAUUAUUAUUAUUAUUAUUAUUAUUAUAUAGGAAUGUUGCAGGUUCCUUAGAGACUGACACUGAUCCAGCUAUGAGACACACAAACCUUCUGAACUGCGCAUGCACAGUUUUCCCCCUUCAAUCCAACCGUCAUUUCCACACGUAAAGAGCCCGGUUAGAAAAAUAAAUAAAAGCUCAUCAGAAGAUGAGCAAGUUUGUAAGCUAGAUUUAAUAAUUUUCUCUUUAUCAGAUAACUAAUGGCACAAUUGCUGCUUCUCCAACACGGUAAACAUCUAAGUACCAUUAGCAGUGCCAUUUUAUUUUAUGUACAUUUAGCUAGUGAUAAAGUACUGUUGGCUUCAGUGUGUUAAAAUUGAAAAUACCCGUGGUGACCAUUUUGCACAUGUCCAAUUGACACAUGUUCUUUUGAAGAAGGCAGGGCGGGCUUACGUGCUCUGUGGAUGCACACAGGAGUCAGGAACGGAACCCCAAUAAUACAAUAGUGUCUCGGUUUCUGCUGUAGUGCGCUCAGGUUACAGAAUGUCAUCCCCUUGCCGCUUAGCAUCAAGUUAAAAACAUGAGUAUUUAAGUUGCCAUUUUGGUUGUGCUAAUUAUAGUAGGGUCUAUCUAGUAGUUAAUUUUAUUGUUGGUUGUGAUUUUAAGAUGUUUUAUUCUGCUACCUGUUUUGUGGAAUAUGCCCCAAGAGUAUUUGAUACAGGGGAGAAAAGAUUGAAAUAAAUAAUAAGAAAAGAUUAAAAGUUAUGUACCAUUCUGAAAAGGAAAUUAGCUGAGACAUAAUAGCGAUCAUUCUAAUUUGUUUAUUUUUUAGCAAGAGCAUGUUUCCUUAUGUGUUGCAUAUGUGCAUUUUAAUUCUUGAGUUGUGCUAAAUCAGGGUUGCCAAAAUUAUCCUUUAUUAAAUUUCAUCCUGAGGCAAAUAAAUUAGAGAUAUUCUUCUGAAGUCUGCUUUUUUAUUCCAAGGGUGUGCUGAAAUUAAAGAAAGCAUUUUUUUAUCUUUAUCUUUUUCAUUUAUUUUGCGUAAUGUUUUUAAAGACAGACGUUCUCAGUCCAAAUUCUUUUUGUUCUGCUCCCUAAGGCUCUCCUGAUUGACAUGGAAGAGGGUGUAGUGAAUGAAAUUCUGCAGGGGCCAUUGAGAGAUGUCUUUGAUAGCAAGCAGCUGAUAACAGAUGUUUCUGGCUCAGGGAACAACUGGUGAGGAUAGAAUUUUCCCCCCUCAAAUCUUCAUACAAAAAUUUCUUACACAGAUUAGAUGGAAAUUGAAAGCAGAACUCCUACAUUUCUGUCUUUUUACUUCCUGCAGUCUCUUGAAUAAAUGGCCAUGUUAAUAUUUUAUUUUAUUGUUACCUUUAGGAAAACUUGAAAACACAACUAACAACUAUUCUUCCAGUAUGUCAUAUCUACAUAGCUACUCUUUUUAAAAAACCAAUUUUGUGAAUUUCCAUGAACAGAUGUAUCAUAUUACUGUGUUGGUAUUCUUCUACUCCUAGUCUUGUUCAUUCAGGUCAAAUGGUAAUCUAAUUACAGAUAUGAACAGCUGACUAAAGAGAAGGGAAACAGAUGGAAAUUUAAGUCAAAGAAAUCUAAACUUUAUAAAAAAUGCUUUUGAAUGAUUAUAUAAUGAAAGGGGAGAUUCUGAACAGAAGAACAAACUUGAUGAUCACAAAGAAGUACUAAAAACUUCUAAUAAGUCCUUCAGUCAUUAGGGGGGAAAGUGUGAACAGAUAAAUUAAUUCUAUAAUAAUACAUCUAAUAGUAAAAAUACUAAAAAAGAUAGACAUCAGAUUAAAAACAAGACAAAGGAUCAGUCCACUAAACCUCAGUUUGACAGGUCAAAUUCCACUUAGAAUAAAAAUGUCUUAACCAGGCGCCAGAAGGCCAAGAGAAAAAGGACAAGGCAGUUCUUUAGAAUUCUAUCCUGGUCACACUGAACACUGUAUGGUUUGGUUAUACCUUUAUAUCCUUUAUUUUCUUGAUCUUUUUGUUUUUGGUUAAAAGCUUUUGGUAAUAUAUUAUUUUGUUUCAUGCUGUUUCACUGAUCUCCCCCUGUCCCAUCCCAUCCCCCGGCUCUUUUAACAUGAAUCCAUUAUCUUUUUGUUUAGGGAGGCAAAGAGUGUCCAUGGACACACAGCUGCUGAGUCAGCCCUGUACAUGCCAGAAGGCCUUUCCCCUGGUUGACUUUAAUGGGGCUCAGCCUGCUAUUUCCAGCGUAAUUAAAGCUGCUUUCAAAUUCUCCUAAGUUUCAUUUCAUUUAAUUUUUAAGUUGUAAACCUUUCUACAUUGUUGCUCUGUUAAGUCUAAAAAACUCAGUGGGGGAAACUCAGUAUAGGCAUAAAAAUACUUGAAGAAUUUAAAACAUUUUAAAUGAACUAGAAUUCUCAGAGUUGAACUAGAAGGGUAGCAUAUUAAAUGUUUCCUAUUUACAGGGCUGUGGGUCACAAAGUAUAUGGGUGUCAAUACCGAGAAGAUAUUGUUGAAAAGCUAAGAAAGACUGCAGAGCAUUGUGACUGUCUGCAGUGCUUUUUUGUCAUUCAUUCCAUGGGAGGGGGUAAGUAUGGUAAAAGGUGAAACAAAAGCUUAAGAGUUCAUGACCUUAAGGACCGCCUCUAGUGCUUCAAACCCAGCACAUGAUCAAAGAUGGGACCAUCACCUCUCCCCUAUCCUCUGGGCAUACUAGAGUACUUGGAGGAGGAUUUGUCUGUCUCCAACCCAGCACAAACAAAGAGUUCCCUUUGACCUCUUGUGUUUGCUGUGUUGGUCAGUGAGCUUGGGCAGGCACGUAGACAUUUCCUGAAUCGAAGCUAUAACUAAUAGAAAUCUGGUGAUUGAAUUGUGGACCUCCUUAUCAGAAAAUAUUUAUAUAAUGGAUCUUAAAGCUCUGCUGCAUAAUGGCAUGUUAUGCACCAAAACUCUUUUGUCAGCAUCUUUGUAAUUUACAUGAGAAGAGCAUGGUUCUUGUGCAGCCAGACUCCCAGUUGCAAAUCUUACUUGGGUCAUAAACUCGUUAGGUGACCUUAGGCAAGUGAUUAUCCUUGAAAUCUAUGAUCUGUGAAUAAUAGUACCCUAUGUUAGAAGAUUCUUUUAAGGACAACAUUGUAAUGUACAGAAUACAUUGGCAGUUUCUAAAUGAGCAAUAUAAUGAUGUUUUCAUUGUAAUCUGACCAAAAAAAUGUAUUUCUGCAAUAAGUAUAUUUCUAUCACAAGCACAGAACACAACAUAAAUGUAUUUGCUCUGUAAAAUACUGUAAAUUGGAUAGUUCUUAUGAUGUUGAAUGUUUUUGCUUAAAAUAAUCAGCUAGUCGUGAUUAGAAAGUCUCAAGGAAAUACUGCCUUCAAAUCUGGGUUAUCUCUUUAAAUCCAAAUGUUGGAUACCAUUUGAGAUUGCAGUCCAUACUGCAAUCUCAUUAUCAAAAGAAAUGAUAUUGGUGAAUUGCUACCUUAAGCACUCAUAAUUUUUCCAGUAGAAGACAAUCUUUGCAUCUCCAAAUCUGAACUUUCAAUUGGUGAACUUUAAAAUAAAAAUAAAAACCUUUCUCACUUGUAAGAAAAUCCAAAGGAAGUUGAAUACCACACAAGACUUUUUCAUGUACUCUUGUUGUUCUAACUAUCUGAAUUCUUGCUUCUAGGGACAGGAUCUGGUCUUGGUACAUUUGUACUAAAGCUUCUUGAGGAUGAAUUUCCAGAAGUAUAUAGAUUUGUUACUUCUGUUUAUCCUUCCCGGGAGGAUGAUGUCAUUACAUCUCCUUAUAACAGUGUAUUGGCUAUGAAAGAACUCAGUGACCAUGCAGACUGUGUAUUGCCAAUUGAAAAUGAAGUAAGAAUUUAUAAUACCAUAUUAAUGUAUUAAAGCCUUUCUAGAUUACAGUUUUAAGUGCAAUGUAGUUAUUCUUUGUCUUCAUUUUAAAAUUUACCUGAAACAACUGAGUAAAAUAUUAAAGCUUUCCCUUACCUUGAAGUAAGCUCUGUUGAAUCCAGCAGACUUUCUGAGUAGUCAUGCCUAGGAGUCUGCUGUAAGUUGGAUAGCUUUGCGUUCAAAAAAAUUUACCAGCUUUUUCACCUAUGCUUUUUCCAGUCUUUAUUUGACAUUGUUAGCAAAAUUAAUCAGAUGACCAACUGUGGAAAGUUAGGAUCAACCAUAAAACCAGCCAGCUUAGUAACUUCAAGUGCAGGUGGAAUAAAGUGUUCUCGGGAGAAACCAUUUGAUGCUAUGAACAAUAUUGUGGCCAACUUACUGUUGAACUUGACAAGGUGAGCUUCUGAAAAUUUUAAUUAGAUAAGAAGUGGUUGCUAAAACUGAAAUCAAUGGAUGUCACCUUUAGCUUGUGUGGUAAAAUGUCUAUGCUCCCCUUUCAUUUCUUCUGUUUGGCAGACCCAGCUUCUCUCACGUCUAGUCUACCUGCACCCAUUAUUGUAGCAUACUAAGAGACGUUCCUUUUCCAUCCCAUAAUUGAAUAGAAGCUUGUAGUGCAACUGUUAUGGUAUGAUGUGGGAGGGAAGCACAGCAGAGAUGAAUAGCCCUGCUUCACUAGUACAAAGAGGAAAAGCGCUUGUAGCAGCAGCUGAACACAGCAAGCACUACUCUUGUAGCCCCUAGGGUGUUGUUUCUUUCUAUAUUGCUAAGGGACUUUCCCCUACUUGAGGCUGGAAAAUUAGUGAAAAUUUUACAUUGAAAUUAUUGCAACACAUUUCACAGUGCAAGCUUACAAAUAUUCAAAAGCGUGAUUUUGUAUGCUGCAAUAUAUGUGUCCAAACUUUUUUUCUAUAACUCUUGCAUUAUCUCUAUACAGCUCUGCUAGGUUUGAAGGAUCUCUUAAUAUGGAUCUUAAUGAAAUCAGCAUGAAUUUGGUUCCCUUUCCUCGACUUCAUUAUCUUGUUUCCAGCUUGACACCUCUGUAUACGUUGGCUGAUGUUAAUGUGCCCUCUCGAAGGUGGGUAACCUUGUUUGACAUGUGAGUGAUAGUUGCUCACUACAUGAAGAUAAAAUGGAAUGUGUUUAGUAGCACAUGAUAAAGUGACGGGAAUCUUGUACUCUUGUUAUUUUAAAAUCUUCAACAUACUUUUCAAUUGAAAUAGUGUUCUAUUUUUAUUUGAUGCAUAUUUAGAAUUACUCUGCUGACAAAUUAUGAUUGUGUUGACAUUUGCUAAGUUUUCUCAGCUGCAUAUUCUCAGAUACUCUUUUUUUCUCUUAGGUUGGACCAAAUGUUUUCAGAUGCUUUUAGCAAAGAUCACCAACUGUUACGAGCUGACCCAAAGCACAGUUUGUACCUUGCCUGUGCCCUGUUAGUCAGAGGAAAUGUGCAGAUUUCAGACCUUCGUAGAAACAUUGAAAGGUUUGCACACAUCAUACAUUAGAAGAGAAACUACUAACUGCUCAUACAGCAAAUCUUCCCAGUUGGUGUUCGUUUGUAGGAUCAAAUUCCAGUAAGCUUAUUAAAGUUAUGUUGAUCCACUCCUGCAAGCACAGCUGCAUCCAGAGGGAGAGGGGAAAGACCAUAUUCUCAAUAACCUACAGAGACUGAAAAAUUAGUCACAUAUAUUUAUGUACAUAUGUAUAUAAUUUUUCAAAUAAAUGCUUUUAAAAUGCUAAGGUAGCAUAACAUAUUUGCCUGAAAAUAGGUAUUAACACUACCACAUACUAUUCUGCCCUGAUCUGGCAGAAAUCAGUCUGGAGUCUGACCCAUUUUGACUGGAUCUGGAAAUUCAAAUAUUUGGUACUCCCAUUCAUGUGUACAGUGGUGCCUCGCAAGACGAAAAACCCGCUAGACGAAAGGGUUUUCCGUUUUGGAGGUGCUUCGCAAAACGAAUUUCCUAUGGGCUUGCUUCGCAAGACGAAAAUGUCUUGCGAGUUCCUGCGGGUUUUUUUUCCUCCCCCCCCCUCUUCCCAAGCCGCUAAGCCGCUUAUCAGCUGAUCCUAAGCCACUUAACAGCUCAUCCGCUAAGCUGCUUAUCAGCUGAUCCGCUAAGCCGCUUAUCAGCUGAUCCGCUAAGCCGCUAAUAGCGCUAAGCCGCUAAUGGGCUUGCUUCGCAAGACGAAAAAACCGCAAGAUGAAGAGACUCGCGGAACGGAUUCUUUUCGUCUUGCGAGGCACCACUGUAUUUGGAAAACCAAACAACCACAGCAUUUUGUUUUUUGUCACAUAGUUGCAUGAAAUUUGGAGGCAUAGCAGCUACCUCGUUGCUACACAUUGGACAGGUAGAUGAGGGGGAUUUUGUGCUAGCAACCUUUUAAAGUUUGCUUUUUCUAAACACACUCACACAUAGAGAGAUGUUCGUGUUUGUGUAUGGAAGACUGUACAGUCAGUUGAGUUCUCAGUCCUGCCAAUUCUCAUGCUCUUUGGCCUGUUCAGCUGCAUUUCAGUAUAGUAAUUCAGCUCACUGUCGGUUUGGCACUGGUUUCUGUGAAGUAGCAGGGCAGGGUGACUGCUCAAAGCUUUUGUUAUGAUACAUUUGUCUCACAAGACCUACUGACACAAACCCACGACAGCCUGUUUAUAAAGACAGACAGAAAACAAAAUACAUUGGAUGAGAUUCUAAUCCUGGAUUGGAAGCUGGAAGUCUUAAUGAGCAAAGUCUAGCUCCCUCACACCCAGCAUUCUACUGUAUAGGCGCACACCCCAUUUACGCACCUUCAGUAUGUGCGCAACUGCACAUGUACAUCGUGAUCCAAAAAUGUCCCAAAAAGGGGCAGGGCAUGGGCAGAACAGGGUGUUUGCAGGCUUUUUCAGUGGUUUCAAAUAUAUUCUAUUUCAAUGAUGCACGCGGUGCCUCGGAACGUAGCCCCCGCGUAAAUGGGGGGUUACCUGUAUUUAAUUGCAACACUGGCUUUCUUAGAGGCUGUUUUUAGUUCAGAUUGAUUCAGAUCAACCCAACCCACUCUGUAGUGAUUUGUAGCUGCCUUUAGUCAAUCUGGAUUUGGUAGAAAUUGGUCCAAUUAUGUUUAGGAUUCAGCCAGAUCGGUUGCACAGCUGUAGCUGAAAGCACAUGAAAGUGCCACUUGGGGGAUAGAGUCAAACGUGCAUUUAGGGUUCAUGUUUUGUUUUGUGUAGUUUAUUUUACUGUUUGCCUUCAUGUCAGUCUCAUAAUUUCAUAUUGCAGGUUGAAACCUUCACUUCAGUUUGUCUCCUGGAAUCAAGAAGGAUGGAAAACUGGCCUCUGUUCAGUACCACCUGUGGGUCAUUCCCACUCAUUGUUGGCACUAGCAAAUAACACUUGUGUGAAAUCUACUUUUGUAGAGCUCAAGGAGAGAUUCACAAGGUUGUACAAGAAAAAGGUAUGUCACAUAAUGAGAAGUAAUAUUGUCAUUAUAAGUAGCUCAGUUGUACUUAUAUUACAAGCGGUAUGUGGAAAUAUGCUGCACUAAUGGUAGCAUCCCCACAUGCUUCACUUGGACUUAGAAGGGGUUAUAAUACAGUUUGGAGUUAAAGAAAUGGUUGGGUGACUGUGGUGCAAAUGCACAUGGACAUGAACUGGAGGAAAAGAGAGCGAAAGUAGGAAGUCUCUGUUCUGCCCUGUGCCAAAUCCCUCACAUACCCAACUACAGCACACACAUGGUGGAUAGAUUGUGUGUGAUAUUCUUGUUAUUAUUGUUAUUGUUAACACUUAAUCCAAAAAUUAUCACAACAGAUCUUUACAUUAAAGUAAUAACCAGUUUUGCACGUGGAAUUGGAAGAAGACUUGAAUUCAUUUGUUCAAUGUUCCUGUAAAGCAUGUGACUAAUGUAACAUCUACUCUUGCAGGCUCACCUUCACCAUUACCUACAUAUUGAUGGGAUGGAGCAGUCCUAUAUCUCUGAAGCACUUUCAUCUUUGUCUGAUUUAAUAGAAGAUUAUAAUCAGCUAGAUGCUGCUAACUGUGGACCUGCUAUAGAUCCACCAAGACUGAAGAUAGCAAUGUAGCACUUGUUACAGGGGCGGGGUAUGUGUGUUAAAGUUUAGAUCAGCAAAUUAUACUCAUGCAAUCCAGUUAAAAAUAACCUGGGACGAACUUACUUUGGCUGGGGUUAGUAAAUUUCAUUGUCAAAAGAUGGUGGAAGUGUUCAGUUUAAGUGAGUUUCACAUAUUUCUCAUAUUGCACAGAUGCUGGAUUACAUAUCUCAAAAAAGUAGAAGGAAUUAUAAUACCUUCUUAUGGUCUACCUCUCUUGAUGUAAUUUUAACUUAAGCACUAUUUUGAAGAUACUUUUAUAUGUAGAUUAUGAAAACAAACACUUUAAAUAUAAUUUGACCAUAUCGGAUUUUGUCAUAAAUGAAUUUUAUUUACAAGAUAUUUACAUAAUAAAAUGUAUAAUUUCAU